AUGAGAGUUGGUCAUCUAGGACUCUUACGCGCACCGUGCCGUGUUGCUCCCUCGAGGAGAAGACCCGCCGACGCAAGCCAAAUCGGACCUUCACCCAACAAGUGUCUCCUUUGUUGCUUCUGGGAUUCGAGGGAAUGCUGUCUUAUGAGCAGCUCCCACAAGGCCACACCGUCACCAGCUCCAUAUACCCUAUCAGCUCCAGAAGCUCGCAUCGACCGCUCGAGAGAACGGCUGAGACGAGCUUUGGUGCACCUGCUCUACGAUAGCGCCAGGCCCCAUGUAGCUAAAGAAACCCAUGAAAAACUAGAGGAGUUAGGCUGGGACACGGCGCCACAUACCGCCUAUUCUUCCGACCUCGCCCUCUCAGACUACCACUUAUUCCGACCCCUCAAGGCUUUCCUAGCUGAGAAAAUCUUCACCAAGUAG